AAAGGCCGUGCACACUCCGUUAGCAGGGUUGGGGAUCUUCACCCCAGGGUCCACUCUCCCUUUAACUGAACAGAUGUAGACCGGGGCGGCGGACAGAGAGAGAAAAGGAGAGGGGAGUGAGGGAGGAGCCUCCAGGGGCGGUGAGCCAGCUGUUCAGUGUCUGCUGGCACAGGACUGAGUCUGUUGGCGGCAAACAGCGCUAAGACCCAUCUCCCGGGCCGGCAGGUGCAGAGAGGGAGGGGAGAACGCCAGUGGAGCCGCGUCAAGCGCGUGGGUGUGCGCCCAGGAAGAGGAGAGGUUUGGGAAUCACAACAUCAACAACAGCCCCCCCAAAAAGGAGUCGCGCCGUCGCCGGCCAGGCCAUGCUGCCUCGGGCGGCUGCUCCACGGGCCGGGGAGGUGGCUUGGGCCGCGGUGCAGCAAAGCCCAUCAGGCGGGGUACACUGAACCUGGGACGAACUGGCUGGAGCGAAAGGGACUCUGGAGAGCGACGGGGACGGCACUUCGCUUGCAUCCUUCCUGCCUCGCUUUCCCUUCUCCGUCUCCAUACUCCUUUGCUUCUCCUAGGUUCUGUCCCGAGCGACCCGGGCGGCUUCGCACGCAGCCUCGGUGCUCCGUGCAUCCCCGGGCCUGCAGCCAUGGCCUGGGCUCCCCCAGGCAGCAGGACGCGGGGCCAGCAGGUGCAGUGGCUGGGACUGCCUUUGCUGCUUGGCGUGUGGCUGCUGGGCCAGACAGCCGGCGGACAGCGCUCGGCGCCUCUGGCCGAGCUGCGCUCGUCCAUCUCGGGCGUGGAGGAGCUGUUGGAAGAGUUCCGCAAGCAGCUGCAGCAGGAGCAGCCGGCGCGGGAGCCGGACGAUAGCGACGACCACCGCGAGCGGCCGCAGCAGCGUGCCGGGGCGGAAGCCGGCUGCCCAGGCGGCGGCUACACGGUCAAACCCGACUCCAUCAUCCGCACCAAGGACUCGCUCGGCGCCGGGGCCACCUUCCUGACGGCGCCCGCCGCAGUACGGGACUGGCAGCAAUGCGUGGCCGCCUGCUGCGCCGAGCCUCUCUGCACCGUGGCAGUGGUGGAGCUGCCCCAGCCCCAGGCCUCCGGCGAUCUGAACUGUUACCUUUUCAACUGCACCUACCGCGGCCGCAACGUCUGUAAAUUCUCGCUGCACCGCGGCUAUAACAGCUACAGCCUGAGCCCGACCACCGAGAGCCACCGCAACAUCACCUCUCGCCCCGGAGGGCCUCCGGGAGGCGGCAGAGGCAGGAUGGCUGCUCCCUUGGGGCCCCGGAAAAAGCCGCUGCAAAGCCCUACUUUGGCUGCCGAAGCUGCCUCCGCAGCCUCCUCUCCACCCCAGGAAUAUGAUGAGCCUCCACAUAGCAAGGCAGGACAAGAUGUAGUUUUGCAGCUGCCUACAGACUGGGUGACUUUGGAUGGCCGAGAAAGCACAGAUGACCAUGCAAUCAUUAAAUAUGAAUGGACUUUGCAGCAGGGUGACUCAUCAUUGGAUAUGAAGGUACCUCAAUCAGGAAUCCUGAAGCUAUCCCACUUGCGAGAAGGAGUAUACAUCUUCCAGCUGACUGUGACAGACACUGCUGGUCAGAGGAGCUCUGAUAAUGUCUCCGUGACUGUACUCCCCAAGGCACAAACUGCAGUAGAAUGUUUGAAAGUUUGCUCACGCUAUCAUUUCUUCUGUGAUGAUGGCUGCUGUAUCGACAUCACGCUGGCUUGUGAUGGAGUGGAUCAGUGCCCUGACAGAUCUGAUGAAGCUUUCUGCCAGAAUGUGAGUCCUGGCCGCAAGACAAUAACUCAUGCUGCUCUAAGUCCAGCCCAGCAAAGAACUGUGGGAUUGACUGAAGACACAAACAGAAGUCUCCCUUCGCAGAACAUCCAGAAAGCCACAAGGAAACAGCUGCUCCCAUCAGCUAAUGCAGACAAGAGUAACCAUUCAGUCUCUCAGGGACCAAAGAAUCAAAUGAGUGCUUUAAUGCCAGGAACAGUUUCCCAGCAGACUGCCACAGAGCCAUCAACCCACUCUCACUCUGAGCCAGAUAGCAGCUCCUCAGGGAAAGAUACAGACAAGAAAAAAGGAGAUUAUAUUUCUGAGUCAAAGAGCGAUCGAAUAGGAGAACACCCACUCCCAGAAACAGAUAGCAGUUCCUCAGGGAAAGAUACAGAUGAGAAAAAUGUAAAUUACAUUCCUGAGUCAAAGAGUGAUCGAAUAGGAGAACAUCCACUCCCAGAAACAGGUGCAGUCUUGCCCCUGGCACUAGGUUUGGCCAUCACUGCUUUGCUCCUCCUCAUGAUUGCUUGCCGACUUCGAUGGGUAAGACAGAAACUCAAAAAAGCCCGGCCCAUAACAUCUGAGGAAUCGGACUACCUCAUAAAUGGGAUGUACCUAUGAGAAACACGUUUCUUAGUGGCUGAGGAGGAUGUUUCCAUUGAUAAUUUACCUAGGUGUCUGAUUCUAGAAAUUAACAUUUUUUUGGACUUGUGCUAACACUGAGAAUAUUAAAAAAAAAAAUCCUCGUCAAAUCCAAAAACCUUUAGUCUUAUUCCUUUUAACUAUAGUUAAAAUUUCUUCUUCUGACAGUACUCGAUAACUAUUGAUGUGUCUAUAGUUGUUCGUGGGAUUAAAAUAAAAAUAUAAGUCAAAGACUGAUUAUAGUAAGCUGUGCCUGAAAAUAGAGAUAUGUAAUGUAAUCCGUUCAUGCAGGCAAAACAGCAGCUCAGGGAGAUGGCCAUUGUGUGGCAGUGUGAGCAUUUCACCUCACCCGUUGAUGAAGAUAUAUAAAUAUAUACAUGUGUGUGUAUAUGUAUAUGUAUAUAUACAUCGAUAUGUAGUUGUAUACACAUAUAUCAAGAACCAGGGCCAACUAAAAAGUAAAUGAAGAUUGUCUUGGGCAUCCCUAGCCUCCCCUUUCUCUGCUCUUCCAGUCCCCUCUCCAUUUUAGGUACUCAGUGCCUUCCCCCUCACUCCUCAUCAAAACCUGCUCUCAGGAAUAAAUUUCGUAUCAGUCAUUUCUACUUUAGUGUGAAUUUGUCAACAUGUUACCUCUCCUGCAGAUCUGUACUUUGACUCUUCUCUUUGUCAAAAGAAAGGCUUUGUUCCCCAUUAAAUUAAUUUCAAACAUCAAUGAGCAGGUGGGGGAAACAAGGGUGUAGGGGUAAGAUAAUUAUUGGGAACUUGGUUUGAAUUUGGAUUAGAAGAGGCCAUGGAAUGAGAGGGAAAAGGUGAUGCAGGAAUUUAAACUGGAGAUGGGGUAGGGAAGAGAGGUUUAUAGAAAGAAUUUGCUCGUUUUCCUUAUUCUAAUUUCCCUUGUCAUUGAUUCAACAAUUAACAUUUCUUGAGAGUUCCUAGUGUGAUCCUCAUUAGUUCUCUGUUAUGUCUAACACCUUGCUCUCUUUGAGAGCACAGCCGGGCCAUUUACAUAGCCACCACAUUUAAACAGGAUUCUUUGUCCAUCAAAGAAAAUGAAAUCAAACUGAAAAGGCAAGUACUUUCAGUGUAUUUACAGGCAAAAUGUUGACAAAGAUGCCAAGCAACUUUAGAGAGCCGCAGUUCCUCAGUUUAGUAAAACAUACCAGUUCUUGGAAUUUAAUUUUUAAAUUCUCCUUUGCUUUAUAAAUUCACAUUUUAUAACUUGGACUCAGCCACUCAACAUCAAAUAUACACAUUUUAGGACUUGCUAGAAUCUUCAGACAUAGCCGUCAGCUGACUCAGCCACUCAUGCUCUUCGGUCUGCAGGGUCUUGAAAGAUUUAUAUGAUUCUGGUGUUCAUUCAGUACGAGGAUGACAUGACCUAGAGGCUGCCAUACUGGGCAUAAAUACUAUUGGGAAUACACACACACACACACACACACGUACACACAAACACACACAUGCUACUUCCAUGCACUGCAAAAACAAACAAACAAAAAGUGUUCGUGAAUGCCUGUGACAAAUCUUCAAAGCCUUUUGAAAAACUUGAUAGAACAAUUUAUUUAGGUAACCACAAGGCUAGCUGACCCUCUACUAAAAGAAUCUAAUUCUGGUAGAGAUAAGUUAUCUGAUUUCAAUAUCACAAUAGGAAGCAAAACACUCGUUCUGAGGUCAGUGCUGUUCCUGCAACCAGGAGUUUGAUUUUCAGGCCAAAUCUUUCAACACAUCGUACAAGUAAGACAUCGUCUCAGCUUCCGGAGAAACUCCAGACAUUUGCCAACUACACCGUUAGCACUCAGCAAAGCAUUGAGCUUUUCCCAAGGGCAGUUUAUAGAGAUGUAAAUGUUAUCUAUGAUGUUGUGCAGUUUACUUUCAUGUGUAAGGAUGUCAUCCAUAGCCAUAGCCAAUAAAAUUGAGACAGAUAAGGCAUGCAUCUUCCUAUACGUCAUUUUUUUUUGUACUUGAACAAUUAAAACCAACUUUAGGAUUGCUAUGGUAUACAAAUACUUAAAAUAAGCUGUCUAUGUAAAAUAAUAUUGCUCCAAUAAACCCUAUUUUAUUCUUGUCUU